AUGGACGCCACUACUACCCUUUCAACUUUGUUGCGGCGCGAGCUUGCUGGUGAAACUGGGGACGCCCAACGUGUGCUGUUUAGCAGACUCCUCAACCACCUAGCCACACAAUCCCGCCCAUCCUCGCUUUCCUCAUCGUCUUCUACAGCGGAGACAGUCGAAAAUUUAGAUGAGUCUAUAGCCGCCGGCGGCGAUCCAAGUUUCGCGGCUAGUCCCAGCAUUAAUACGACUACCACCAGUUCUGAUUCAUAUGCGCUGGCUAGUGAAUACGAUUGUCUUGUUAACACACCAGAGCCAUCAAUAUCCGAAGCAACCGGGGUCACCGCUGAACGUGUAUUGGGUCCUGGGGUUGCUUAUGAAACAGAUGAUGAAGAUAGGGAUCUGACUAGGCUGUAUAAUGGCAUUUCUGAUGCAACAGAUGAAUCGGCUGAGCAAGACGAAAAUGAAGAAAGCGAAAGUGAUGACUAUGAAGAUGAUAUGGCGGCCAGGGAUUUGGAGGAUAAUAGUGAUAUCGAUGAUUCCGGUAAUCCUUCUGACCUCUCAGAACUGGACGAGGUUGCUGGUUAUGCUCUUGGAUUAUCUCGUCGGCGCCGCCAGAGUCUAAACCACAUGCGAAUGACUGGUCGUCUCUCACGUCUUCGUCUUGACAUCGCCGGUCUCAGGCGACGUCUACGCAGAGCACAUCAAGUUCCUCAAAGCCCUUCGUCUCCUGUCCCACAAAUUGAGGUGACGGGCAACUGGACAACUGCAGCCGCCUCGGUCCCUUCAUUGCGCGUCUAUAAUUGGGGUCUAUUUACUAGCCCCUCCACAACCACCUCUUCGGCUGCGGCCAAUAGUCCUUGGUCUUAUUUACAUCAACUUCAGUUAUCUUGGCAACAACAGCAGCAGCAGCAGUUGCUAUUAUUACAGCAACAUACACAAAUGCAGCAACCAAUCAGCAUACAGGGGCGUGCUCCUGCAGUUUACACUCAUGAAUAUGACUCGGCUGGCACGCGUCUCUUCACCGCCGGGGGUCCAAUCGCCUCGGCUUGUAACGGAUCCGUUGCGGCUAUUUGGGAGUAA